AUGGUAUCCGUCAACCUCCAGUCGAAGGAUCAUCGUGACCUACUCGACAUUAUCGACAGGCUCCGUGCCAAGGGCCUCAGCAGAGACAUUGCCCUCCCGGAAAUCAUCGUCUGCGGUGACCAGAGUGCCGGGAAGAGCUCGGUGCUGGAAGCCAUCUCUGGUAUAUCGUUUCCCACCAAAAGCACUCUCUGCACCCAGUUCGCCACUGAGCUUGUCCUCCGCCGAUAUGCGACGGCUGGCGUCAAGGUGUCGAUUACGCCCGGCCCGGACAGGUCUGCUCAGGAGAAAAAACGACUUGCCCAAUUCAACUACGAUGUCGACAUCAAGCAUCCCGACCUGCGACUUGCGAUCGAAGCAGCAAGGGUCGCCAUGGGCCUCUCUGAGAGCGACUUUGCGACCGACACUCUGCGCGUCGAGUUGAGCGGGCCGAAUCAGCCGCACCUAACCUUGGUCGACCUCCCCGGGCUCUAUCGAGCAUCUGACAAGGAUCAGACUGCCGGUGGCGCCGCCAUUGUGAAGAAGAUGGUCCGGGGCUACAUGAAACGCCCAAGGAGCAUCAUCCUCGCAGUCGUCUCGGCGAAGAGCGAGUUCGUCCUCCAGGAUGUGACUGAACUGGCUCGGGAAGUCGAUCCCCGAGGCCUGCGAACCCUUGGCCUGAUCACCAAACCGGACCUUCUCGAGAGGGGGUCAGAGAGCGAAUCAAGCUAUGUGGAGAUGGCUCGAAACGAAAACGUUGUGCUAAAACUGGGCUGGCAUGUGCUGAAAAACCGCAACUUCGAGAUGCGGGAUGCCUCAUCGAGCGAGCGUGACAGAGCCGAGGAAAAGUACCUCUCCGAGGGCCUUUGGGCGUCCGUUGAUCCAGCAUGUCUUGGAAUCCACGCUCUCAGACCGCGGCUCAGCGAGGUCCUCAAACAGCAGAUUCUGCGGCAGCUUCCUAGCCUAGUCGAGGACGUCGAAGCCCGCAUACUUGACUGUCAGCACCAUCUCGCACGCCUCGGAGCUUCGAGAGGAAGUCUGGCCGAGCAGCGUAGGUAUCUCCACCAUAUCGGCGAGCAGUUCUCAAUGCUCAUCAGAGCUUCGCUCGACGGCAGCUACAAUGAUCCGUUUUUCGGAAGCGCAGAACAAGAGGACGGAUAUCAAAAGCGCGUCAGAGCAGUGGUUCAGAACAGGCUGGCCCAGUUUGCUGAAGACAUGCGGCUUCAUGGGGAAAACCGUGUCAUCUUGGAGGAACCCAACAAAUCUGCGCUUCAAAAAGGUCAAAUAUGCCGUUCGGACUACUUGGAACACGUCAAGGAUCUCAUGCGUCGGAACCGAGGAACGGAACUCCCAGGAACCUUCAAUCCUUUGCUCGUAGGUCAGCUGUUUGCGGAGCAAUGCAAGCCCUGGAAGAUGAUCGCUUUGGCCGUCAAGGACUCGAUCCUCGAGACGGUUCACCGCGCGAUCGAAACCAUACUCGAACACCUCGUCGUCGACGAGAUCGCAGACAAUCUAAUCCGCCUUGUGUGUGGCACGCUGCACAGGGUGGAAAAGGAACUUGACGACAAAGUCCACGAACUGCUCGAGCCGCACUCGAGCUUUCAUCCGAUCACGUAUAACCACUAUUUGACGGACAAUGUGCAGAAGGCUCAAGCACGCAGGAUCCAACGACAAUUUGAACAAAUCUUUACCAAUCAUUUUGAUGACAAAAUCGACGCCCGCACUAUUCUGGCAGCAUUUACAAAGAGGAUUGAGGUUGAUCCCGAGAGAUCUGGGUGUGAGUCUGCCAUUGACUACAUGCAGGCCUACUAUAAGGUUGCUAUCAAAAGGUUCAUUGACGACAUCGGCGUUCUGGCUAUCGAGGCUUGUCUUCUACGCAAGCUGCCCUCCCUAUUUGAUGCCGCAACCGUCUACGAUCUCACAGACGACGAUGUCCGAAGUCUCGCAGCUGAGAGCGAAGAGACCACUCGCACGCGGGCGCAGUAUCAAGAAAAGCUCAAUGUCCUCGAGGAAGGCCUGCACGAUCUCAAAAGGCUGAACCAGCAUCACUCCACCAGGGAGCCAGGGAGCGAGGGCGUGUCAUCGGAAACAAGUGAGGUGAAUGGGAAGUUUGUCUCUGGAACGAGCUCCGAGUCAGAACCUGUGGAUGAGAUGCCUGCAGAGGACGAAGUUCAGUUUUGA